AUGAUGAACCGUUCAGCACUCGCCAUCCCGUCUUUUGCGCCUCGCUGCUCCCUCCUCCUCCUGCUGUUGUUGCGGACAACCUCCGCCCUCCCGCAGCUCCUGCUCCCCCCGGCCCCGCUCACGGGCUGCCUCAGCGCAGUCAUGGACCUCAACGACGACAUAGCGCUGGGCAACCCUUCCGCCGCCGCCAGCUCGAUCCCCACGGAGCCGCCCGAGGCCUGCCGCGCUGCCGGCUUCAACGAGGUGCUCGACCUGCCUUACCAGCCCGAGGACGCGGCGGCCUUCCUAGGCGAGAUAGCGCAGGCCAUCGCGGAGUAG